AUGGCGACAGUUUCUGACAACGUGACAGCGCAAAUCACCGUCGAUACUUGCCCAGCACGCGAUGUCUAUCUUGCUGUAUUUUACAUUUACAUCUACUUGAUCAGCCCAACCAAUGUCGUGGGCCUGUGUCUGAAUUCUUUGUGCAUGGUGAUCUUCCACCGAAUGAAGUCAAAAAUGACUUAUAUCUACCUCUUGAAGGCUUUGGCCCUGUCCGAUAUAAGCUACAUUCUGGUUUGUUUUAUGUAUUUUACUGUGCGACACCUAUUGGCGCUCGUUGAACAAGGCUCAAAAGAAGUUUAUGGAAGAUGGGACCCGGAUAUAGGUCCAGUUCUUUUCUACGCGACAGGCCCUUUGUAUUAUGUAACACAGCACAUACGGAAUUGGCUGACAGUUCUAAUAAGUAUAGACAGGUUCAUUCAUUUGGUCUUUCCCAUGUGGGCAAUCAAACAGUGCACCAAGAAAGCCUUGAACAAGUGGAUUCUACUGAUAGUUUGGGUUGCAAUGGCAUGCAACCUUCCGCGGUAUGCUGCAUAUUUCAUCAUUGAUGCUCCUAACGCAUGCAAGGCGGGUGAGCAAGGAAUGGCUAUUGAAUUCGCCAGUUGGAUGUGGUUGCACAACUCGGCUGUCGGAACCAUUCUCAUCGUUGUUACACCACUGAUAAUUCUCUACGUCAUGAAUUCAUUAUUAAUCUUUAAUCUUCGCCAAUCCGCAUCGAAGAGGAUGACGCUUAGAGGAAACAAACCAACCGACGCCGAGACACAGCGACAACAACAACAGCGCGCAACCACCGUCGUUAUAUCUGUUGCCGUGAUCUUCACGUUUUGCGAAACCCCAGGCUGCAUGCACCGUCUUGCCAUUUUGGCGGGGGUGAAUUUUGAACCAGAUGAUCCGUUCUUUAACUAUGCCUUAAAAAUAGCACUGUGGCUGACUACUGCCAAUUCGGCCAUGAAUUUCUUUGCAUAUGUCACUUUUAAUAAGUCAUUCCGUAAGACUCUCAGAGAUAGCCUGACCCUGUGUGCUGGAAGCAUUGACUGA